AUGGCCUCCCUCGGCGAACUGUCUUGGUCGGAGUGCUGCUACUGCGGAAAAGUGGCAAAGCCUGCAGAUAAUGUGCACUCCGUCGAGUGUCUGGGAGAGAAGGUUAUUGACGCUGUGAAUGAAAAUAGUACCUUGAAAAUUGCUGGCCGUGAAGCGGCAUCGAGCCGUGUCAAGCCUGAGAUGCAAACCGACUGUGGCGGUGCAUGCGAUGGGGCAGUUUCUGCGGCGGGGAACUGCGGCCACCCGUGCCAGCAACCAAGGAAGUUCAAGGCCGGAGGCCCCCCCGAAAGUGUGACUGUACAGAGAGACUGGAGUGAUUUGCAACAGCUUCUGAGUGCUCUCGGCCAGUAUCGGCAACGCGUUGAGCAGGAGCGCCACGUCGCACCGCCAAAGUAUGAAGCCGUUGCCGUCGGCAGCGCCCAUACAUCACAAACUUCCCUGGCAGUCCGCGAGCCGGAUCAAGGCGACAAGCAGCUGCUGCUCGAAUCCCUACGCCCUAUAAUGGAACGACAGCUCCAGCAGUUUGUCCACGAAGCUGCAGCCUGUAGCAAGGCACUCGCGGCUCAGCAGGGCAGCCCGGUUGCCGACACGGAAGCCUUCUCCGGCAACGCUUCCUCCCCUGAAUCACCCACGUUCAGUCCACCUUCUGCAGCGUGUAGACGCGCGAGCACACCGAUGCAAAGAGGGGGUUUUGUCGACAGCAUUUCUGUGGCUGACGCUCACGGCGACGGCGCAGUUGCAGCGGCACAGGCCGCUGCAACUGCGGCGAACAGAGCAGCUGAGGCUGCAGCCGAGGCGAGUCGGAGCAUUGCCCAGUCAGCCAGGUGGUCCAGCACGACUGACGAGACGGGCGGUUCGCUGGUCCGGCCAGAAGCACUUCUUCUGCACUGCGGCAGACGAGGAGUUUCAGAGCUUCGGGACACCGCACUCCGCCCCACUCAACUGGACCCGCCGAGGGGGGAGAACGCUUGGCUGGGGGGAGGCACUCAGAGGCGACAGCUGAACGCAGAAGGGAAGCGCCGCGACAAGAGAGUUCUGGAACCCUCCAGCAAGAGCUUUUCAUUCCCGGCGGCGCCCACGGCCAGCAGCACUCAGGUGCGCCCGACACUCCCCGGUCGGACAGCAGCAGUCGACUUGCUGGUUCGAGGCCGAUACCCAGGCAACCGCUCGGUGGGGUUGGCCAAGAACCUGCGGCGCGUCGAACCGAAAGCAGAGAGCGUUCUUCCCUGUCACCGGCCCGAACGCUGUCCCGACGCAGCUCUCGCGCUGGCGACUGGAGACUGA